GUACGCCUAUAUGGACUCGGAGUCACUCGGGGGGUGAUAGAAAGCAAGUGAAAAGAAAGAGGGAAAGUACUUUAAAAAGCAAGUGGAUUAGCCGAUUUCAAGUCAGUGCAAUUCUAGCUAAAGAACGCAGUGGCUCGUUGACUGACGACGAAUCAACGACAUGUUUUCCAUUCUUAUUUUCGCCUUAGGUGUCAUGGCAACAGCGUCAGCUCUGCAAACUGACGAAGAAUCUGUUCGACUAUUCAGAGAAAAACGAGGAUUUGCUUCUGGAUAUGGUGGUGGAUAUGGUGGUGAUUACGGUGGAGGGCAUGGAGGUGGAUAUGGAGUCGGUUAUGGAGGAGCAGCUGAGCUAGCCCAGCAAGCUGCAAAUGUUGCCAAGGCAGCUCAAGCUUCGCAGGCUGCUGCUGCAUCCCAAGCAGCCCAACAAGCCCAGGCAGCGCUUGCAGCUCAGGCAACUUACGCUGCACAACAAGCGCAAGCAGUUGUAGCUGCCCAGCAACAACAAGCAGUUUACGCUGCACAAGCUGCACAGGCUGCUCAAGCAGCUGCUUAUUCUUCUGCCCAUUACGGCGGUUACGGAUCGAGCCAUGCUGCCCACCAUGCUCAACAUCUGACUUACCAGUCCCAAGCUUCGUUAGCUGAUUUAGCAGCUGCCCAGCAGGCCGCCAAUAAAGCUUAUUCGGCUGCCCAAGCCGCUCAAGCCGUAGCUGUCGGUGGUGGUGGUGUUUACGGUGGAUUCAGCAGCGGUCACGGAGGAGGCUACGGUUAUGGACAUUAACCUGUUGGAUUCAAUCUUUCACAGUUCUGUUGUCAGCAACUACUGUACACCAGGCAACAAAGAAUAAGUGGAAGGUUUAGAUUUUACAAGCAUUUUUUCCUGCACAAAAAUUUGACAGAAGAUUGUAGAGCAAUCUCUUGCUUCACAGACACCACAUUGUGUACCUGUGCUGUUAAAAAAAUACACAGUUGACAGUUGA